AAUAAAAGCCAUGUUUUUCAUGUAGGACUUGGCGAAGAUGGGGGGAAACUGCUGAGGCUAUGCUAUUCUUUCUAGUGGAUCGUCGUUUUCUUUUCCUACCUAAUUUCUUUGUAAGAACCUUUAUAUAGUAGCCACCGCGCCCGCGCGGAUUUGCUUCGUAGGGCUGGCUUAGCUCUAGUUACAUCAUCUCACUCGCCUCUUCAAUACGGCGGCAACGACUUCGAAUAUUAAUAAUAAUACCCGGUGUAUAUACGAUGGAAUCGUGAAGAUUGUCAUAUAAGGAAGGGUUGAUUAAAAAGAGCUCGGACUAAGCAAAAAUACAAGUUGUUCCCGCCCCAGCGAGAGGACCACCAAACUCGUCAUUGAAGGCUUUUGCGGGGAACGACAAACGAUACAAGGGAAAUUGACGAUGAGUUAUACCCACCGAGACAAUGCGCAGUUUGGUCGCGCAAGAUGGAGGAAGACGCUACUUCUCCCAUGCUGGAUAGCCCAAAUUGUGCUAUUACUGGGGGUAAUGGGCUUGUUCUCAUACCGACUCUCAGCAACAACCAGAGAAUGGAAAGCAGCAGAAGAUAAAAGCCAGGCCCCAACAGUGGAAUUUGUGUGGGAAUCAAUCAACAUUGGAUUUUCCCUCAUCUCCCUCAUAGUAACAUUCGUCUCAAUAGCGAGGUUCAUCGCAGAAGUGAUGACACCGCUGCCGUUACUAUUCGGAAACAUCCUAAACCUAGUCCUCUCGUCAGCUGUUCUGGCGCUGGAUAUUGUGGUUUACGUCCAGUACUCCGAUAGGCAGUAUUCAUUAACAGGAAUAGCGAUGGACUGUGCUCUUAUGUUCUUCACGAUCAUUCCGACCAUUUACGCCGUCAUAAUCUACCGUCGUCUCCUAAGUUACGACGACUAUCAUCUUCCUGGCAAUGUUAAGCCAUACGGUUACAGUACCGCCGACGAACCCGAAGACACGGCGUACCGUUCGUCGUGGCUCCAACCGCCGGUGCCCUACGAUCCGACAAACCCCUCCGCGACGGCCACAAGGCCACGGUCGCUUUCCGCUUCCCGUCGCAUAUCCUUGACCCUUAAUAGCCGAGCCGCUUCGCCGCAGCCCACACCACCUCCCGAGCCAGUGUUGGAGCGUCGCGCUAGCUAUGACCACAAGCGCGAUACACAAUUUGACGACUAUGUGCGACGGCGGUCGAGCGUAUUGUCAAAAGACGACGUGGAUAGGGUAUUGGGUGUCGAGUUCGGGUGGGAAGAUAAUCAAAAUCAGCGAGAAAGCGUAAUUAGCGCAGGAAUGGUGUCGUCCGCUGUCCCUAGACCGAGGAGCGACUCGCUUAAUACGAGACAAGUGAGCCUGGAAGCAAGCAUUAGCCGAAGCGGUAGUAGCAGUACAAAUACCACGAAUUCGACUUCCACGGUGACGUUGGAAACUCCAGGAAACAUGGUUAGAGCGCAUAGUCUGAACAGCGUACCUGAGGCGCAUGAGGAGGAAGAUAGCAAUUUGAGUUUGGGGAGAACGAAGGGAGGGGAGGCCCGAGAGGCGUUGUUAGGUGGUGAUAGGAUAUCACGAUCGAGUUCUGGUGCUAGUAGAACUAGCGCCCGACGUAUCGAGCCGAUUGAGGGAUUGGAGGAAAUUGAGUUGGAUAUUCGAAAACGGAGGAGGGAGUCGUAGUAUGGAUGAUACCCAAGAUAAUGCAAAAAUGAACGAAUGCAUAUGCCAGGCGUAAGUUCCGGUAGAUAUAACGCGAUAUGAUAUAUGUUUCUACUAUUCCUUUUUUCUUCAUGUUUCCUUCUAAACCUUCCCCGAUUAUACAUAACCCCUCGCAAACGAUCAACUCGAGUCAAUUCGAAUACGACAACGGCAUAAUGAUUGAAUUGGCAUUACUCUGAUAUACCAUAUCACCUCCGGCGGUAAUUAUUUCGAAAAAUCAUUUCCGUCUCGGUUCAGCAUUGUUUACCCCUUUUAAGGCUAACAUGCUCCGUCUCACUAAUAUGCCGUUGAGGAAAAGCAACCCUCGAAAGCCUUUUAUCCCUUGCGACGCGCAAUUCUGCGAAA